AUGUCCGACGACGAUUAUUCCUUUUCAGAUGGAGAGGAUGCUCGAUCACUAGCAGAAUUUGACGCAUUGUUUUUCGAAAGCAUUGGAGAAGGGACUCGCCUGAGCGAGCUUCAUGAUUUGAAGCACGUACAAGGAGAAGACCUGCACAUAGUCUUACCAGAAAAUUUUGAUGGAUUGCGCUUUGCGGGUUUUGUGAAUCCACAUGACAAAGAAUACAAGAGAGUAUUAUAUCUUUUACAAAGCAAUCGAAGAUGGAGACGCAUUCUAUUAUCAGACGAUGGUGCGGCAAGCGCAUCGCCUGAGUUCUUGAGUCUGGUUGUACUAGCACUUACAAAAACCAAUGACGUAACCUUGAUGGAAUGCCCAUUGGACCAGAAUUUUUUUGCAUGUCUAAACUCUGGAAUGCAUACCUUAAAACAACUGAUAAUGAUGGGCGGAUCUGAUCCAAUUUCUUUCGAGGCAGCUGCUAUGUUUGCGAAUGGUUUGACUAUAUCAUCUUCCUUGGAAGUGCUUGAAAUCAACCAUGCUUGUCGCUUCGAGCAUGGUGCUGGUCUGAAGGUGGUGGAAGGAAUUGGACGAAACAAAAGCUUGAAGAGUUUGACCAUAGCUGAGUCGAAUCUCAGUCCGGUAGCCAUGACGUCGAUUCUUCGUGCAGUGUCUGAGGGCAAGGUCCCGAAACUCUCUAUGUUGAAUGUCAAGCUCAAACAUGAGAGCAGUUGCACACAACUGUUGACGAUAUUGAUUUCUAGUGAUACCUGUCACUUGGAAAAGCUCACAAUCAACGAAGAUGACUAUGACAUAUCACCAAGUAUGUUUCGGACUGAUGGCAUUCCAACAGGGACUGUCAACCGAAUGUUGGAAAAAUUGGAAAUAUGUUCUGGCCGGUUUGAUGACUCCUAUUUGGCUUCUUUGCUGCCAAGGAUGCCCAAUUUGUUGGAUCUCGAUUUAAAAAGUUGUAAUCUAUCAGACAUCACGCCGAUUAUCAAUCAUCUGCGUCAUCCCAGCACUAUAAUCAGGUCGAUUGGACUUUCCGCCAAUUUUGAUAUUGGACUAGACCAAGCUGAGUAUUUUGCGUCAUGUUUGGAUGAUAUGCAAUCGUUAACAGAUGCGAAUAUUUGCCUUGAUUUGUCGUACUGUUGUGAAAACGACGACUUGGAACGAUUCCAAAAAGUGGUGCGAAUCCUGUCAAAUUGCUGGAACCUGGAAAGUUUUGAAUUUCAUAGCAUGAGCGAUGGUGUGGAAAAACUUGUAAAGGAGUCCAAUCUGAAUCUCACUUUCGCUAUCAAUUGUGGCUGGAGGAGAGAACUUUGCUACAAGCAGCGCUACAGAGAGUCCUCAGCACCCCCGUCGAAACUAUUACCACUGAUCAUUGCAAGAGCACUUCGCAAAACUACUUCUUCUACGCUUCGCGCUGAUGUAGUAUUAUCACUCUUUCGAGAGCGAAUCUGUGAUAUCAUUCAAAAUUAG